UUCCUCUAUAGAUAUCUGUCUCUAAGCUCAGUGGUGCUCAUCCCAUAGCCUGGAGAUGUUAGCCACCCAAAACUGUACCAGUUCAGCCCUGGGUGUGAAUGAAGGGUCCAGCAAUCAGACCCAGCAGGAGCCUGGAGUGGCACCAGUGUGCUGUAGGGAAAACCUGAACAUCACAACCGACCCCACCACAGCGGGCCUGUCCAUGACCCUAGGCAUCGUGUCCAACAUUGUGGCACUGUUCAUCCUGGCUAAAGCGUACGCUCGUCUGCGGAAGCGAUCCAAAGCCACAUUCCUGCUGUUCGCCAGCUCUCUGGUGGCUACAGACCUGGCCGGUCAUGUUAUUCCAGGUGCCCUGGUUCUGCAUCUCUACAUGUCUGGCACCGCUGGAGGACUUUGUCACCAACCCGAUGCCAUCUGCCGUUUCCUGGGAGGCAGCAUGGUGUUCUUUGGCCUGUGCCCGCUGUUUCUGGGGUGCGUCAUGGCAGCGGAGCGGUGCAUGGGUGUGACGCGGCCUCUCCUGCACGCCCGCAUAAUUUGCAUGGGCCACACCAAGAUGGUGCUGGUGAUGAUAUGGCUGUUGGCUUUAUCUGUAGCACUGCUGCCCUUCUUUGACCUGGGAACGUACACCUACCAAUACCCCUGUACCUGGUGCUUCAUAAGCGUGUUAGACAAUACCAGCUUCAAAGACGUGAUAUUUGUGCUGCUGUUUUCUGGACUGGGACUGGCCGCGCUAGCCGUGGCACUGGUCUGUAACACCAUCAGCGGGGUAACGCUGGUGAAAGCCCGUCUGCGCAGGAAGAAGUGCCACCGCAGAUCAGCUAAAUCACAUGACAUUGAGAUGGUGGCACAGCUGGUGGGCAUUAUGGUCACUUCUUGCAUCUGCUGGAGCCCUCUGCUGAUCUUCGCUCUGAUGUCAGUCCUCCGCUCGUACAGCUGUGGGAUGAUGGAAGAUGAUCUGAAAAACUACAGGACUUUAAUGGUAAUGGGAGUGCGUAUGGCCUCCUUGAACCAGAUUCUGGACCCCUGGGUCUAUAUCCUUCUACGCCGGGCCGUCCUCAGAAAGAUCUACCGCAUAACCACCGGCCGUCGCAACCUAAGAGGAAGCACAUUCCGGCGGUGGGAGAUCAGCUCCUUCCAGAACUCUUUGAAAAGUGCAAGUAAUCGGAACUGAUGGAGGGAUUCCAGAAUAUGAACUCUACCACAUGGAAGAGACUGAGAAAAGGGGAAAAAUAGGAUGUUAUUAACCAAAAUCGUUGCAGUGCAGCAUUGCUGAAGGCAGAUGUACAACGUAAGUUCCUAUUGCUUAAAUGGUGGAUGAAGAAGCAGCACACUGGAAGUUGUAAAGCAAGCGAUGCUUUUAGAACCGCAGAGACUUCAAAAAGCAUUAUGACUGAGCACAGCGGAAUUCUGGAUGUAAAAUUUCCAUUCAUUUUCUCCAUAAAUUGACUUUAACAAUAAUCUAUAAAUGUUUCAAGACAGACCUUCCUUUU